AUGUCUGAAGUCUCUCAAAUGACAUUGAAGAUUCUUUACACAUUGGACAAUGGAUCCAAUGGUAGUUAUUUGGCGCGCUCUAGGGCUCCAAAACAGGUAAGAGUAGCUAAUAUUCCCAAUCCAUUCUCAACAGAUACGAAUGAGCGGACAGAGUUGCGAAUCGGCGCCAUCCAUUUGAAGACCAUAUUACAUGAAAUAUACUUGAACUCUCCUGAAGUAUUAGAUCAUGACACCUUAAAGGAUGGGCACGAUUAUAAUUUGUACUAUCGUGAUAUAUGUGAAAUGGAUGAGCCAUUAGUAAGUCUUGGUCUUCUUUCCAGGCUUCGAAGAAAGUUUCAUAAGGUUCAGAACAGUCCCUACCAGUACAUAGAAAACGGUAUGAGUGAAGAAGAAAGCGAAGAGCGCGAUGAGGUUACUGAAGAAGAGUAUGAAGAUGAAUCUUUUAUAGUUACUGGAAGAGUAUGCUCGAAUGUUUCUGCUUUACUACGAAGAUCAUAUAGUAACACCUCGAGUAAAAACGGAAUGGUAGUAAAUAGCCAAAUUCCACAGGAGACUUUGGAAGUUAAACUAAGAUUCACGAAGGUUAUAACUAACUUAAGGGCCUCUGGCAACAGUACUACAAAUUCUCGUAUAUCGAGUCUUCAAAUGCAGUCUUCUGUACCAUCAAUAACACUUCCAUUUACCCCAAGAACGCAAGUUCUUUCCAAGACAAACCAAAUGAAAAAUUCAAGGAAUGCAAGGACCACAAUAACAGUAAAUAAUACCAGUAAUGGGACUACGGGACGAAGACAGACAAAUCCUAUGCCUGCUCCAAAAGCUGUCAGGACGCAGUCUUUACCCAUCUGGAAUCUUAAACCAAAUAUAGCCAACACUGGUUUCCCAAGGAACUCAAUUGCACACAAAAUCUAUUUAGCAGAUAGAAAAACAGAGGCUAAUCAACAAAACAACCAGCAUCAAAAUAUAGCCUACGAAAUAAAUACUUUGCAAAACGAUAAUACUAUCCAGAAGACCAAGAUCGAUGAUUCAGUAAGCAAGAGGUUCGAUUUCAUGCUGAACAAGAGGAAGUUUACGAAAAAAUCAUCCCCUAGCACAGUGACGAUAGCAAAAAAACCGCCAUCAGUAAACGUAAAUCUCAAGCAAGCAUUGAAGACUGGCAGUGAAAAGAAAGCAAGUGAUAAGCAAACCAUUGUCAAAGUCAAGAGUUCAUAUUCCAAAAAUUUUGCCAAAUCUACGCAAGUAGGCCGCAGGCGAUCAUCAGUAGUAGAACAUUUAAGUGAUAAUGAUAAUUCAAUUUUGAAUGACAUCCUAUCAGAACCAAGUAACGAAGGACAGAAAUUGCAGCAGAAACAAAAGCAACAUAAGGUAUCUCUAACGAAUGAAAAUGACAAAGAGAAUAUUCCACCCCAAAGUAUAACUAGUAAAGAAAACAAGCUUGAUGAUGAAUUGGAUUUUAACGCUGAAUUCCCCAUGAGUGACUUCUCCGAUGUAGUGUUCAAAGAUGAGAUGGGAUGGUUUUCCAAUUUCAAUUUUUUUGAAUCACCAACUUCCGCAAGCGUCUCGCAUCUCAAUCAGCAAAACUUGAAGCCUCCUUCUGUAACACUUAACGAUCCCAACACCUGCAACACUAUCGCUCUGGAAAACGAAGAUAUUGGUGAGUUGGAGACAGUUCAAAACAAUAAGAUAUCUUUGCCUAGCGAUGUUGACAAAACCUCUCCAAUAGACUCGUUGUCUAUACCGUUAAUUGAACUUACACAUUCAAGCUCGACAACAAAUAUGCAACAUGCAGCCAUCAAGGAAGGAUUGACAUUGAACAUAAUCGAUAGCAACAAUGACACUCCCUGUGAUAACGACACAAAAGAUAGAAAGGCAUCCAUAAUAGAUUCGGAUAUCACAAAAUCUCAGCCGGGGCUUAUGAGUUUUUCUACGCCAGCUGAUCAACCAGCUUCUGAUAAUAAUGCUACCGCUUCGAAGAAGCUUAUUAGUGUGCCAGAAGUUCAGCAAAACAAGAGAUCUCACGAAGAAGUUUUGGACGAAGAGGAAGAGGAGGAAGUCCUCAAAAAGCAAAAGGCGAUACCUUCUUCACCAUGUGGGAUGUUCAAUUACCAUCAACCCAUGGAGUUAUCUGAAGCUAUGGUUGAGGGAGAGCGAGAACAUAAUGUCGGCGAUGAUAAUGAAAGCGAUAAAACCAACGAUUUAUUUUCAACUUUCGUCCAUUCAGGAAGAGGAGGAAGCCAGGUGGUAACAAGCCCUAUCGGUGAGCUUCAGUCUAUGAAACACUGA